UCGAAUUUUUUCCUAUUCAGCAAAAUGGACUUAUCACUAUGAAUCGUAGUUUUCGUUUAGAGGAGCAGUCAUCUCCUUUUCCUCGUGAUAGCUCAUUUGAACCAAGUUUUGAAGGUUCAGCAGCAACCCAGUUCAGGUAUCCAUCUGUUGAAGUUGAACCAAGGUCUGAAGGAUAUGACGAAUACUUUGAUCCACCGUUGGAAAGCAAAUAUGAAUGUCCUAUCUGUCUUCUGGGGCUGCGAGAGCCAGUGCAGACAAGCUGUGGUCACAGGUUCUGUAGAGGUUGUAUUGUUCGGUCUAUACGGGACGCUGGUCCCAAAUGCCCUGUAGAUAAUGAGCCACUAAGCGAAUCACAGCUUUAUCCAGACAACUUUGCAAAGCGGGAAAUGAUGGAUCAAGAUGUAUUCUGUCGUAUGAAAGAGCAACGCAGCUGUACUUGGAAGGGAAAGCUGGGAAAGUUAGAGGAACAUCUGAAUAAAUGUGAUUUUGUGGAUGUGAAGUGCCCCAAAGAGUGUGGAAGAGAGAUGCAGAGGAAGGAAAUUAAAGAACAUCUGGCGAAGGAAUGUCCAAACAGAACAAUACCUUGUAAACACUGCAAAAAAGACAUAAAGUGGAAUGAAUUAGAGGACCAUUAUGGGAACUGUCCAAAAUUCCCUGUGAAGUGUGAUAGCUGCAAGAAAGAAAACAUUGCAAGAGAAAAGUUGCAAGAACAUUUGGACAAAGAAUGUCCUGCAGUGGAAUUGAAAUGUCCUUUCUACAUCGUGGGGUGUGCAUUUGAGGGUCAGCGGCUAGGAGUCAUUGAACAUGUUGCUAAGGAGAUAACUACCCACACAAUGGAUAUGGCCAAGAAACUUGGUGAGUUGAUGACAACUGGGUCUGGCAAUGAUAACACAGAAGGACAGAGGAAUGCGGGUGGUACUGGGCGAACCAGGGGUGGGGUGGGGGCAUUUCCUCGAGAGCAAGCGAGCCAAGAAGGAUAUCUACAUGAUUUGUCAAGCAGGACUCAGACUCAGCGAGAAGAGCUGGACGAAUUGAGGCACAAGGUAGCUGAGAUGAGUAAUAUAAUACAUCAUCUGGAGCGGCAGCUGGAGGAGACUCGUAUGCGACAGGAAAGGCCCAUCCAAGAGUUGACUCUGAGAUUCAACCGAUAUGAAACAAAAUUGUCAGAAGUUGAGGGGCGUUUGUGCAACGGAUCAUAUAUUUGGAAGAUCGAUAACUAUCGACAGUGCCGCCAAGAUGCCCUCAGUGGGGUGAUGACAGCAAUCCACAGCCCGUCCUUCCACACCAGUCUUUACGGCUAUAAGUUGUGUAUGAGGAUCAACCUGAACGGUGUGGAUAGUGGUGUUGGAAAACACGUGGCGCUGUUUGUUCAUAUGAUGCAGGGAGAUUAUGACAGCAUUCUGGAAUGGCCCUUUACGGGAAGAAUUGCUCUGUCCAUUUUGGAUCAGUCUGAUGGCGCUGAAUACCGUCACCACAUCAGUGAGACCCUGGUGGCCAAGCCUAACCUGUUGGCUUUCCAAAGACCCACAGCGCCGCGCAACUACAAGGGGUAUGGAUAUGUUGAGUUUGCACCAAUUGAGUCGAUCCGUGAGCCGCAGUAUGUCAGGAAUAAUACAAUGCUGGUGCGGAUUCAAAUUUUUCAUUAAUUGUGCAGUAUUGUUUAAAAGUGAUGCAAGCGAUUUUCAAUGAAUUUCAUUCUUUUCUCACUCAAGUGUACGUGAAACAUUUAAUGAUAUCUCCAGUUCUGUUAGACUCAGAACAUAAAAGUUACAUUUUCAUCUUCCUCUUGGUGCUGCACCGUGACGAGAUGAGGAAGCGUGCGUACUCUAGUGAUCCGCAGAGCUGUGCCAGAAGGAGCCAUGUGCUCAUAUUAGGUUUAACCAUUCUGGAUUGGUCUUCGGGGAAGGGUCAAACAAAAUAGCUCUUUAGUCCUUAUGGACAAGGGUUCUGUCAGGGGCUUUUGUACCGGGUCACUUAAACCAAACGUAGCUGCGUCAGAAGUUAGUCUUGUAAGGGCGCUUUGCCUAACAUGACUUGCUCGUUCCGACGGCAGUUUUAUUUACUAGAAAAAAAAUCUUAAUUUUCUCGACAUCA